AUGUCGUUGGCCAUAUUGAUUUGUUUUAUUAUUUUAACGGUGGAUUCGAUUUCAUCCAUACAUUCACAUAAUAAAGUUCACUCACGUUUACGUCGUCGGGAAUUUGUUCAAGAAGAAGUACGAAAAUCGAUGUUAAAUUAUAUGACAAGUAUCAAAGGUGAAAUUACGGACAUUGUCAUUGAAGAAAUGAUUGGUUAUUAUAAUAGUCAACGAAUGAAAUUAUAUUAUUUAGAAAAUGAGGUGUCGAAUAUAAAAAAUUCAUCGUUACCCAUACGAAAUACGAGUCGAAUAUUGAGAAAUUUAGCUGAACGUCUAUUGAAAGAACAACAAUCAGUUGCAUUAAAUUUAUCAUCAAUGGAAUAUAGAAUAAAAAAUUUAACUACGGUUUUGCAUAAUGUAUUAAAUGAUUUACAUCAACAACAGAAGCCUGUUCAACACGUAAGAAGACUGGUUUCAACGAAACAAUCGGCUCAAAAGCACCAAGUGCCCAUAGAUUGUGAUGAUGUAUUUAGUCAACAAUUAUCACCUGUUCAUGAAGGAAUUUUCCGUAUAAAACCACGCUUUGCAACGGAAUCAUUUGAUGUCAAAUGUAUAUUUGAAAAUAAUAUAGGAUGGACAGUUAUUCAACGAAGAAUCAAUGGUACAAUUGAUUUUUAUCGUAGAUGGAAUGAUUAUAAAAAUGGUUUUGGCGAUUUACAAGGCGAAUUUUGGUUAGGCAAUGAAAAAAUUCAUCAAUUGACAGUUCAAGGAAGAUAUAUUCUUCGAAUAGAGUUACAACCUUGGGAUGCUCCCAUGCGUAUAGCUGAAUAUGGUAAAUUUUCUGUUGGCAAUGAAAAUGAAAACUAUAAAUUGUUAAUAUCUCAAUUUCGUUCAAAUAUAUCCACAGCUGGUGAUUCGCUGUCACCAUCAUGGGACAGCGCUAAUGGAAUCCCGUUUUCUACUUAUGAUCGUGACUUAGAUAAUUUGUUUUAUGAUAAUUGUGCACUAACUUAUCAUGGUGCAUGGUGGUUUACGAAUUGUUUUCAAUCGCAUCUCAACGGAGCUUAUAUACGAUCGCCACUUGCUUUACAAAAUACAGCACGAAAUGGUUUACAUUGGAGUACCUACGAUUUGUAUCAUUCAAUGAAAGCAACAACCAUACGUAUUCGACGACAAAAUACAUUUGAGAUGAAUCAUUAA